CCCGGACGACUUUUUGCGGGUCAUUUCUGCCUCUCUUUUUCUCCCUUGUUGCCCGCUGUUGCUCAGAGAAAAGCCGUCAAAAUGCCUUCGGAACACGGUCACAGACUUUACGUUAAGGGUCGUCACCUGAGCUACCAGCGCUCGAAGCACCAGGUCAACCCUAACACAAGUCUGAUCAAGAUCGACGGUGUUGACAACACUGACGCCGCCAACUUCUACUUGGGCAAGAAGGUUGCUUUCGUCUACCGGGCAAAGCGUGAGGUUCGGGGCUCCAACAUCCGGGUGGUCUGGGGCAAGGUUACUCGGUCGCACGGUAACUCCGGUGUUGUCCGCGCUCAGUUCCGCCACAACCUCCCUCCCCAGUCGUUCGGUGCCUCCGUCCGCGUCAUGCUCUACCCCUCCAACAUCUAAACAAAUUCUACGGUUUUAUGUAUCAGUGGGCACUCCGAGAAACUUCGCGCAGACAGUCGGGCCAAGGAGUCGAACGGUACGAAUUCCGACCAAAAUGUUGAGGCGAUGGAGUUUGGCGGGUUGAUAUCUACUAUUACUACGUUCGUGGGAGAGGCAGGGCCGUCAAAGCCUAACGAAUAAAAGAAAAAGCAAACUUCUUUUCUUCUUUUUUCUGAACUUGAUUGAUCCCCCUUGACCCUUUCAUUUAUGGUGUUUUUUAUAAUGU